GCCCGUCGCGUGACUGCGCGGGGGGACGGCCCCGGCGCCAUUUUGCAGGAAGAGGGGCAGCCGGGCCUUUAGGCGAGAGUGAGCUCACCGUCUGCGAUGGCCAAUGUGCUCUGUAACAGAGCAAGAUUGGUCACCUACCUCCCAGGGUUUUAUUCCUUAGUCAAAAGAGUUGUAAAUCCCAAGGCUUUUUCUACAGCAGGUUCCUCUGGCUCAGAUGAACCUCAUGUUGCUGCUACACCUCCUGAUUUAUGUCCAAGAACUGUGUGGCCCGAUGAAGUAAUGGGCCCGUUUGGUCCUCAGGACCAGCGAUUCCAGUUGCCUGGUAAUAUUGGUUUUGACUGCCACCUAAAUGGCACUGCUUCUCAGAAGAAAAGCCAAGCUUCAAAAAGCCUGCCUGAUAUAUUAGCAGAGCCUUCAGCAAGUGAAAGGCAUGAAUUUGUGAUGGCACAAUACAUAAAUGAAUUUCAGGGUACUGAUGUUCCACAGAAACAGCAGAUAAAUAGUGCUGAAACCUACUUUGAAAAUGCAAAGGUAGAAUGUGCAGUACAAGCUUGUCCCGAACUGCUGCGAAAAGACUUUGAGUUGAUGUUUCCCGAAGUGAACGCCAGCCGUUUAACCGUGUUAACUGUCACCCAGAAGACUAAAAAUGAUAUGACUGUGUGGAGUCAGGAAGUGGAAGAUGAGAGAGAAAUGCUGUUAGAAAAUUUCAUUAAUGGUGCCAAGGAAAUUUGCUAUGCCAUUUGUUCUGAAGGCUACUGGGCUGACUUCAUUGAUCCAUCCUCAGGACUGGCAUAUUUUGGACCUUACACAAACAACACUCUGUUUGAAACAGACGAGCGCUACCGCCACUUGGGAUUUGCCGUGGAUGAUCUUGGCUGCUGCAAAGUGAUUCGGCACAACCUCUGGGGCACUCACGUGGUGGUGGGCAGCAUUUUCACCAAUGCUGAACCUGACAGCCCCAUCAUGAGGAAACUGAGUGGAAACUAGCAGUCAGUCAUCAGGCUUUCACAAGUUCUUAACGACCUUGGAGCUCUUUCACUUUGAUGAUUCUCCCUGAGCGUUGCCAAGAAAUGCCACACUUGGAAGUAUUCUGGGAUAAUAAAGUAGCUCUUAUUUA